AUGGUCGUGGUCUUCUUUCUGGAGGCCUUCAACAAUGUUGACACCAGGGGAAAGGUGGUUCUUGGUUACACUGAGAUUGAGCUGUGUAUGAGAGGCUCUGGCUAUCAGUUCAUUCAUGCUGCGGACAUGAUGCACUGUGCUGACAACCAUGUCAGAAUGAUAAAGACUGGAGAAAGUGGUUUAACUGUCUUCAGACUUCUCACGAAGGGGGGUACAUGGAUCUGGGUGCAGUCCAAUGCUAGGCUUGUUUAUAAAGGGGGAAGACCAGACUUCAUUAUUGCUCGACAAAGAGCACUAACUAAUGAGGAGGGUGAGGAACACCUCCGUCAAAGGAAGUUGCAGCUACCUUUUAGCUGCCCCACUGGUGAGGGUGUCUUGUAUGAGACUGGCCCCACACUGGACAUCGCUGACAUGCAAAAUCCCAGCAAGGGCCAGAAUAUGCAGAAACCUCCAUCUCUGGACCCAGAUUCUCUUCUCGGCUGCAUGCUGAAACAGGAUCAGUCUGUCUACAACAACAACAAUGACCCCAAUUCCCAGUUCACCCUUGACAAGGCUUUCGGGGAUAGCCACGCCCUGCUCAAUGUCCCUGGGAACACCUGGCAGCCGUCAGCCCUGAACACUGGGAUAAAGGAGGAAAGUGUGGUAAAGGACAUGAUGGAUAGCUUGCAACAGAUUAUUGGGGACAACAGUAUUUGUGGGCUUCAGGGGUUUGAUGUGGACGAAUCGGACCUGAAGGAGUGGGAGAACACUCUGCUCAGGAUGAACUACAGCAACGAAAUGGAACUUAAUGAAAUCAUCACCGAUGACAUCCUCUCUUAUGUCGAGGAUGCACUUUUUAAGGACAGUGGCAUUCAGUUGCCUGAACAACUCAAGAGCCAGGGUUCAUUUGUUGAGGUGCCUGAGUGUCUUCCAGAAAUGGAACUACAGAAUAACUUAGCUGUUAACCAGGAAUUCAACUGCCAGGCAGAUAUACUCAGUGGAUCCCCAGGUGCAGGUGGGUUCGUCGGAAUGAACAUCCAAGAUGAAGUGGACGUCAGUAGCCCUGGAAGAGGGUUGGUGAAGCUCAACCAUAUGGGGCCACAGAUGCUACCUGGCAACUCUUUUGGACAAUCAUUUGGACUAGAAGAGACAACCCAGAAGAUGCCUGGCAAUAAUAACAUUAUGUUUAAUCCUUCUCUUGCCAUGCAGCAGCCGACCCAAGUCAGGCUUGGUCUGCAAGGUGCCAUCCAAGAGAAUGGAAUGGUGCCAUGUGGCCAGAGAAACCUACAGACCGGAAACCAGCUCCAUCACAACACAAUGACUCUCCCUCUUCAAAGUCCUCUAUUGCAGGGCACUUCCACCCAGCCAAUGGGCUUUAUUGGCCAAAAUUCCCUUCCUCAAAAACCGUCAAUCAGUCAGAAACCUCAGUGGGUGUCUGACAGCAACAAUAUGAUGGAUAACCUGCAGAACUCUUGCACUCGUAAUAUUUCAGGUGUACAAGAUGCGGGACUACACUCUGGCCCAACUCCCCAACUACAAGGACAGUUUUCUCUUCACACUCAAAACGCUGCCAAUCCUGGACUGCCUAGCUGGCAGCAAUCACAGCCUCAACCGGUCUCCAAAUCAUUUUCCAGCGGGCAACAGAAUAUGACGGGCUUCAUCGGCCAAGUUGCAGGCUUCCAAAGAGACCUGCUUGGAGAACUGAUGUCGCACACAAACGGACAAGGAUUCGGGUCUGGUUUCCUGCCCCAGACAACUGCAAAUGGCAUUUAUCCUCAGCAAGGAGAGAUGAUCAACAACAGCCCUCAAUUGACCACCAACAGCUGCAUGUUCACCGGCACUCUUCAACCGACAGUGAACGGGACGCAGUAUGGUUCUGUUGAUCCAAUAUCUUCAGUGCCAUCCUGCCAGAGGGCUAAAGCUCUUGUUACCCAGAGUCCUAACCAAACAUCCUGCUACUACCAAAGAGUUCCAAGUGAGUCAAUCGUGGGAACGACGGUCAUCCCACAAGAAGACACCAAUAUCAGCCCCAUGGCCUGUCGAGUGCCACUUGGGUUAACUCCAGAGAACAUACUUGCUCAGCAGUAUCUCUCCUGCAAUGGCCAGACACAGAUCGCAAACCCUCCACUUAAGGAGAAAGGAACGCUCCAUUUUCCAUCGUUGGUCAAUGGAACCACCUACUUUUCCGAGAACAACCAAAGCAGUUGCUGUGACUAUUAGAUCAUGCUCAAUACGGACUGAUACAUCAACAGUGCUGUGCCUUUUUCUAGGG